AUGGAUGGACUUCAUCAAAAUUUAAAUUCAAAUGAUUUACAAGGUUUUCAAAAUCGUAAUCCAUUAAUUUGCUAUGUUUGUCAAGAUUAUUUUAAUGAGCCAUGCAUUUUACAAUGUUAUCAUACGUUUUGUACACGAUGUAUACGUGGACAAGAUAUCGAUGGGAAAUUAACUUGUCCAUUAUGCGGACAACAAACCCAAUUACGAGAGGGUAAUUUACCACCAGCUGAUUUGUUAAUGCAACAACUAUUGGAGUUAGCUAACAAUGAGAAUCCACCCUGUUCCAAUUGUGAUGUACGUGAUCGUAAUAAUAUGUACUAUUGUAACACUUGUGGCCAAGCAUUAUGCAAUCAUUGUCGUGAAAAUACACAUAGAGCGAAAAUGUUUUCCACACAUGAAGUAUUACACAUGUCAAAAUGUGCUAAAGAACCGAAAAAAUGUCCGAUACAUGGUGAACAAUAUAUAAUGUUUUCAAAUGCACAAAAAACAAUGUUAUGUGUUAAUUGUUUUCGUGAUACGGCCGCAGAGAAACGAUCAUUUUGCAUUGAUAUUGAUACGGCGUACAGUCAAGCAAGCAAAAGAUUGGAACGGGCACAAGGUGGAAUUAAUGAAUUACAGAAUUCAAUUCGUGAAGGUCUUAUUAUGUUUAAAAAUCUUAUGGAUGAAUUACGCCAAAAUAUGGAUUCGGAGAAGCAUACAAUAAAUACAUUUUGUCAAGGAAUGCAAGAAGCUAUUGCUAAAACUCACGCUAAUAUGAUUAUGGAAGUUCAAAGACAAUAUGAAACCAAAGAAAAAGUAUUUCGGAAUCAAUUAAUGACACUGGGAGGUGUUUUACCCACGCUACAACUACAUUGUUUGCUUUGUACAAACUUUGCAAAUACUGCAAGUAAAUUUCAGUUUUUAGAGUUAGUCUAUUUAAUGUUUGAUCGACUUAAUGCCGUUACUCAACUGUCGCAUCCAUUAAGGCCUAUUCAAUCAAGUACAAUACGAACAAAUUAUCGAAAUGAAUUUGCCCAAAGUUUGGAACCAUGGGUUGGAAAAGCAGUAUUAACUGCCGCAGAACCAGUUUCGUCUGAUGUUAUAUACGAUUCGACGACAAGUAAACGUGGAGUUGAACCAAACAGUGGUGGGGCACCUACAACAUCUGCAGCGCAACAGCUAUUCUCGCAUCCAUCGAAGAAACAACAAAGCAUGUUAAAAAUGAAAUUAUUAGAAGAAGAAUCGCCAUUUUCUAAUCACUGUCGGACAUUUGAGAAUCAAGUUAAAGAGCUUUGUACCCAACUAACUGGGGUAAAGGAACGUUUGGAGAGUCUGCAUCGUGAUGUAACAUUGAUAAGACGAGAAAAUUUACCACCUUUAUCAAUGAGAUUUGAAUGUAUAUCAAGAGACUGCUCGUUACUGGAUGAAACAUUAGAGCGACAUUUAAAUGAAUUAGAUCGUUUGAAACUUGUGUUCGAUACAAUUUGGGAGGAGCAAUUAUGUCGAAUCCAUGUUGAACAAGAAAUAUUUCAUUCACAAAUUUCAGAUAUUGUUAUGUUACGUAACGAAUUAAAACGGUUAAGUACAAUUGCUCAACAAUUGGAACCAUAUAUAUCAUCAACUCAACAACCUGGUGGAGGAGGAGGUAGUACAAUGGGUGAUGAAGACAUGCCUGAUGCAGCAUCAUUUACGAAUCAUCAACAAUUACAAACGUUGCUGGAACACAUUGGGUUACUUCAAUCUGAAAAUUUACAAUUAAAGUCCGAAUGUAAAUUACAUCCAACGGGUGCACCAUCGGCAUCCAGUGAUGCAAUUACAUUUGGUGAUACAAUUCCAACACGAGAAGUUCCAAAAAGCAAGGGACGUGCCACAAGUAGUGGAGAUUUAACGAUAGGGAGAAAACAAAUGGGUAUUGCAUCAAUAGAAGCACAUUCUAGCGAACAAAAACGUAAUGUAAUCUCACAAUUAAUUGAUAAAGUAAAUCGUAAAAAAUCUCCAAGUGAUGAAUUCCGAGGUCAACAAACUUGUACAAAUGUUACUUGUAUAAAAGAAAAGGAGCGUACACGAUCAACCUCGAGUGUGCAACAGCCGGGUCAAUUAACAAAAGAGAAAAGUUUUGUUAAAUCAGGUCAAAAAACAGCAUCUGCUGGUAUACAACAAACUACUGCCACUAUUGAACGAUUAGAGUCUCAUAUCAAAGAAAAAUUUCACGAUAUGUUAAAUCGACGACAAUCACGUAUAGACGAUGGUAUCGUAACAUUACCAACUUGUGCCAAAUCUCAAAAAAGCUUUCAAGAUGAUUCACAAAAAUAUCCGAAAAAUAUCGAACUACAAAUAGAUAGCUCAAUUCAACAAGAUUUUGCUAAUUUAGUACAUCGUAAAAUUUCCAAAAACGAUUUGGAAAAAUUGGCAUUGUUAAGUCAAACAACAAAAGCUUUAGAAUCAAAGAAAAUUGGUAAGAGCUGUGAUCGUUUGAAUGAAUUGAAAUCAUUAAAACUUGCACCGUCUGAAUCAUCAUCUCCCCGUCAAAAGUAUACGCAUGUACGAUCAAAAACACCAGAUAAUUCCCAGCGAUAUUGCUCUAAAACAUCUGACGGCAAUGUACAACAACAACAAGGAACAGUUCCUCAUCGUUCAAAACCAACAGAUAAAGUAUGUGAAAGUCGUGCUUCAAAAAUGACAUCAGAAUCAGAAUAUCAACAUAUUUCAAACGCAACAUCAUCUUUAAAACGGGAUAAGGGAAAAUAUAAACAAAAUCGUUCGACACCAAGUUCACCAAAAGGAAGUAGCAGCAGUGGUACUAGAAAACCAAAAGUGUAUCCAUAUUCUGAUGGCGAAGAGGAAUUUUACCGUCGGCAACAGUCUGGUGAACGAACAGGUCAUAAACAAAAAAUGCAUAUGGAGCAUCCUUGUGGUUCUGGUGGAAAGAAAACAUCACAACAUCGUACCGCAUACAAACAAAAUUCAUUUGAAUCACUAAGCACGUUGAGUUUAAAUUCAAGGCGUAGCAGUCUCGAAAAUGCUGAUAAAACAUUAGUUUUGGUAAUUGGAACUCGGAAUAAAACUCAAAGUAGCUCAAAUAAAUCACUAAAUAAAAGCUCAGGAUCAACGCCACAACAAUCACAACGUUCAAAAUCAGAUAAAAGUCCUGGUCGUAAAGGCGAUAAGAGUGAUUUUUCUUUAAAACAAAGGUCUUGGGAAACUUUCCCACCGAAGAAACAUCGUGCUAAUGGCAAUCGUAGUUAUCAUUACUGUCAAUUAAUGGAUGCCAAUAACGAGCCGCCAAGAAAACAACCACUUGAACGAAAAGAAUCAUCAUCAAGCGGUCGCAAAGAGAAUGAAAAAUUUGCAACUAUUACAAAAUCAAUAAGUGUACAAAAACGAAACAUUGAUACUAAAGUGUCUGAUGAAGUCAUGUCAUUAACAACGCAACAAUUGACUAAGAAUGUAAAUAAGAAACAAAGUCAACGACAACAGAAAAUGAUUGCCGAACGUGGAUAUUAUUCAGAAUAUGAAUUAGAUUUUGAUACGGAUAAUCCAGACGAUGGAGAAAUGAGUGAUAACAUUUUUGGUUUUGAGAAUGAAAUGAAAUUAACAAUUGAUCGUCGAAGUAGUAAAGAACAUAAAAUUAAUUUACCUGCAAGAGAUUAUCCAACAAAGUUUUCUACAUUCAAAGGUGAAAGUACUUCAUAUGCAAAAGAAUCCAAGUCAGAAAAUACCGGAGCUGCUUUAACCACAUUUAAAGGACCUGCUGUACCAUCACAUUUAAGUACAUUCAAAGGCGAAAAAACAGAUAUAGCAUCGUCGAGCGGUUUUAAAGGUGAUAAUAUAAAUAUACAAAGUCAUAUGAGUACAUUUAAAGGUGAGUCAUCGAAUAAUUCACCACACUUUCGGAAAUUUCAAGGGUAUUUUAAAGGUGAAAGUUCGCAAAGUUUAUCGUCGUAUGAUCAACGUCAAACAAUGGCUGUGCCAGGUGAUGAAGGUAUGAAGAAAGCAGAUAGUUUUGAAGGACAUGAGGAAGCUGUUCGUACAUUAGUCGCUGCCGUACAAGAAACUCGAACAGCUGCGGCUAGAAAAUCCAAGUAACUAGAAGCCACAGUUGAUAAAUUUAUGUUUGUCGCCAUUUUAAAUAAUAAUACGUUAAAGACGAAUGGUACUUAAAAAGCCUAUACCUUACAUAAUACAA